GCGGGGCCUCUGGUGCCGGGUCACUUCCUGGUUCCUCAAGCACUUCCGGGUCGCGGUCCGCGUUCUGUGGUUUCCGCGGCGGCUGAGGAAGCGGUUGGCUAGGCGGCUUCUCCUUCGGGCCCCUGGUCCACGGCGGGAAGUGUCUCCCGCAGGGACUGGAUAUCAAUGCAAGCCUGAAAAGAAAGAGUAAUUCAUUCCUCCUGAGCCAUGGCAUAUCAGCUCUAUAGAAAUACCACUUUGGGAAACAGUCUUCAGGAAAGCCUCGAUGAGCUUAUUCAGUCUCAACAGAUCACCCCCCAACUUGCCCUCCAAGUUCUGCUUCAGUUUGAUAAGGCUAUAAACUCAGCACUGGCGCAGAGGGUCAGGAACAGAGUCAAUUUCAGGGGCUCUCUAAAUACAUACAGAUUCUGCGAUAACGUGUGGACUUUUGUACUGAACGAUGUUGAAUUCAGAGAGGUGACAGAACUUAUUAAAGUGGAUAAAGUGAAAAUUGUGGCGUGCGAUGGUAAAAAUACUGGCUCCAAUACUACAGAAUGAAUUUACAAAGUGGCUUUUUUAUGCCAUCUGCAAUUAUUCAUCGCUUUUGAAGAGAAGCAUAGAAGAGACUUUUUAUUUAUUCUAGCAUUGCAAAAUGAUUACACUGUGCUAUACUCUCAGAAUUCUUGCGGGAAAAUGCUUAUAACUCUACAAUUUUACAUUACCUUUAUUAUAAAGCAUGAAGAAAUGUAACUUUUUUUAACGACAGAUCAAAGGUUGUAGCCCUCCUGAAAACAUUCUUUAAUAAAUUCAUAUUAAAAUUUAGUGUAAAUAA